GUACACUCCGAUAGGUCCCGAGGAUGACAUUCUUGUUUUCGAGAGUCGGUUCGAAUCGGGGAAUCUCCAAACCGCGGUCAAAGUUGGCGACUGGGAAUACGACCUCGUUGUAUGUCCGGAUACGAACACCUAUGGCAACACCCAAUGGUUCUUCUUCAGUGUUGAGAAUUUGUCUAGGGGUAGCAGCAUCAAGCUGAACCUGGUUACGAUGGGGAAGCCGUCGUCGCUAUUCCAAAAAGGCAUGCAACCCGUAGUCUGGUCGAAACAAGAAUUCCAUCAAGGGAACGGCAUUGGGUGGGUGAGGGGCGCUGGAAUCUCUAAUAUCGAAUACGGCAAGACGAAUACUGACAAGCACCUUCUAACGAGGGUUGCUGCCGCUCUAGAAGUUGGAGAUUUUUGCGAGGGCGUUGCUGCUAUCGAGAUAGCUUGCCAGGCAGCAUCCUUUGUAGAGGCUAGUGUGCUGACCUUUGAAUAUACUCCUCAUUGGGAUGAUGACACUGUUUAUUUCGCCUAUACUUACCCCUAUACUCUCACAAGACUACAGAACUUCAUCAAGAGCAUGGAAAGCAGCCGCGGAGGCCAAAAAUAUCUAUCACGAUACCCCUUGUGCCGCACUCUUGCUGGCAACAGACUUGAUAUGCUCACUAUCACAAGCUCAAGAGAAGAGAGUGACCAUGGGUUGGAGGAUGAGACAAUGGAUGAGGAAGACGAUCAUCUGGCUCUUCAUGAGACCAGAAAGCAAUACAUUGUCAUCACAGCCAGAGUACAUCCAGGGGAGUCUGUCUCGUCCUUUGCCUGUGAAGGUCUGAUAAGGGAACUCCUAUCAGACUCUGACCUAGCGCGGAAGCUCAGAGCUAAAUACAUCUUCAAAAUUGUGCCUAUGCUGAAUCCAGACGGUGUUGUCCUUGGGAACUAUCGCUCUAAUCUCAGUGGCCGAGAUCUCAAUCGUGUUUGGAAUCAGCCAUGCAAGUUCCUGCAUCCCACAAUAUACUUCACGAAAAAGGCUCUGAGCCGGUAUACACCGCUAGCACUAUUUGCCGACCUUCAUGGCCACUCCAGGAAGCUUAAUUGGUUCAUAUAUGGAUGCUUACCACCCAGGAAACCCCGGAUGCGAGCAAACAUUCCGCCUUUCAUUCCACCCCCGAGCAUGAGAACUCGAGAUGCUGUGAUAACCCCUUUGAUGGAGAGCUCGGAAAACUACGUGCUUAGUGCCAAGAAUUGCUACUUCCAAAUGCAGCCUCAGAAAGAGUCAACGGCGAGGAUCACGAUUUACAAGGAGUUCACUCUGCCAAAGUGCUUGACGGUUGAAAUUUCCUUCUGUGGAUGCGAGGAGAAACAGUUCACUAUUAAAGACUAUCUUCAUAUUGGCCAUGAAAUUGCAGAGGCAUUCGGCGAAAUGACGGAUGCCUCUGUGGAGCUACCAGAAGACCUCUCUGAGGAGAUCAUCAAGAAGUUCAUCAAACAAGCCGAAAAGGCUGCUGCCAAUGACGCUGGAAGCGACUCUGAUCCCGAGGCUGAUCUGAAGCUCCCCUCGCGUAAAGUCGUAGUUAAACGGCGUCGCACAGUGGUUAAAGAGACGAAGAGGAAGUCGGGCCGACGUGAUUCGAAAGCGAAGAAUAAAAAUGACGAUUCAGAAUUAUCGGGUACGUCAAUCGAGUUGUGCGUGGCAGUAGCUUGCCUCAGACAAAGCUCCGAAGAGUGUUCCGAGGUCGAGGUCACAACGUAUCAUACGACCUCGUAUGGAAAUCUAUGA